GAUCAAAUUGCAAUCGCAGUCGCAUCUUCUGAUCAGCGGUAACCACAGCGUCCCACAAUGCAUUGCACGGGAAACAUAACAAAAAAAUGAAAGAUGGCGGCGGAGCGCGAAUCCCUGGGGUAUUUAAAAUUUGCAAGAAAAUAAAUGAGCUAUGGAUGAUGGAACACCACUGCUCUUAGUACAAUAUCAAAGAUGACUUUCUGGUGUUCUUAAAAUACGUAUACCAAAUGCUCAAGUUUCUUAGGAAGAGAAACAAGCAGCCAGUAGAGCCACUGGGGCAAGCUGAAAAUGCGACAGACGAGGAGGGCAGCGCAGAUGAACUGCAGCCCACAGUGGACUAUCUGGAAGAGGUGUUAAAGCCUUUGUUUGAAAGAAUACAGCCAACGGCCCCUGAGGAAUAUGUUGUUCCAGUAGCAGAAGUGGAGCGACUCUGGUCCAGAUUCCAGCAGCUUGGACUCAAUGAUGAUCAAACUCUGCCAAGUGAGACAUUCCAGCAACAUCCUUACUCAACAGAUCCUUUUGUGAGACAGAUUUGGAGGACUUUUCCAAGAGAUGAGAAUGGAAAUGUGACUUUCCAUUCAUUCGUUGGUGUAUUGAUGUGGUGGAAAACUGCACCACUGGACCAGAAGCUGGCAGGUAUUUUUAAGCUGCUCAACAAAUCACAGCCUUUGGAUGUCCCUGCCUUACAGCAAAUCAUCACAAAGCUUGAUAGCAGUCUUGAUGAAGAAACUGCCAAGUCCAAAGCAGAGUUGUUAGUGAAAACAAUUGAUGACAAGGACCAAGGAUACAUUGAUGUUGACCAGUGGGUUAAUUGGGUUUUACAACUUCCAGAAGAUGAAAUCACCAAACUCACCAAGUUUACCAUUUUACCAGCAGAGAUGGGCACACAGACGCCGCACAGCAGGGCAAGGUCAGAAAAUCAGUCAGCCAUCUCAAAUGAGUUUCUAGUGGACAUUGCCAGUAGAAUUGGUGAAAAAGACUGGAUUCCAUUGGCCCGUGAACUUGGUUUUACCAAGCAGGAAAUACGAGAUGUGAAGAAGAAGUACCCACAUCGUUCACGAGAACAAGUUUAUCAGAUUUUACUGCUUUGGAGAGAAAAGAUGGGACAAGAGGCAACUGUUGCCACAUUAGAACUGUCGUUGAGUAAAUCUGGAGUGGAUACACAGGCAAACCAUCCAUAAGUCACAAACAUCUUUAUUUAUUCAUGAGAAGUGGGUUGAAAUUAACCCAGAUAAGAAUGGCUGUACAAAAUUGAUGUAACAGAAAAUUACAGAACAUUAUUAUUAAAUACUUUUAUAAUAUUUGUUACAUUUUAGGGUAGAAGAUGAUAACAAGUAAAAUUUGUUUUUAGUUACGUUGUUGAUGUACAUUGUAUGAGGUAUAAAAGUGCAAUGGUAUACAGUGUUAAAUAUUGUUGUAUUAUAAGUAUUGUGUGAUAAAGUAAUUAAUUAAUUAAAUAAAUUAUUGUCAAGGAAAAGGUUGUUGUUAUUCAUCAUGGUAGAUGCAAUAAUAA